AACGCCUAAUUCGAAGUUUGAUGUUUCGUUCUACGCACAAUAUCAUUUUUUUAAAGUGUUUUUUAUUAGCUAAGCUGAAAUAAAUGCAGCUAGAUAGUAAUGACGUCAUAUGUUUACAUUCCAACCUGCUGUAUACUGUUUCAUGCAGCGCAGAUAACCGUUGUGUGUCAUACAGCUGAGAAUUGUGCGCUGUCGGCGGUAGCAACACAGCCAACGAAAGCUCAGUCGCAUCGGUGACAGCGUUUCGUUCGAAAGGUGUGCGGAGGGACGAGAAAAUUAAUUGCAAUUUGUGUGGACGGAGUUUUCCUAUCGCUCGUGGAGUGAAAAGAAUGGCAGUUUGACUGGAUGCAUGUAGUAGUUUGAACCGGGACAACAUCCAGCCAUAGCUUAUCCGUGUUGGGCAUGUGUGACCGCCUAAGUAGCUAUCUAACCUACCCAAUAUCCAUCGCCCAGUAUUAACCAAACAAGGACAAUGUGUAUCCUGUUUGUCUACGUGAACAACAGCGGUCAGCGAGUGCCCGGAGAAUACAGGCUCAUUGUGGCAUCAAACCGGGAUGAGUACUAUGCCAGAGCGGCGGAAGCAGCAGCUCCCUGGGAGGAUUGUGACCAUGUUGUUAUCGGUGGACGGGACAUGGAGCCCGGUCGAGAAGGUGGAACGUGGCUCGCUGCGGGUUGUUGCGAAGGAACGAUAAGAAUAGGUGCAUUGCUGAACGUAACGGGUGAAGAUCACUCGAGCAACGCUGUCACCGGCAGGGGUCCUAUCGUGUCCAAUUACCUUCGGGGGAAGUUAUCAUGUGAAGAUUAUUCGAAACAACUGCUGCUGGCGGAUGGCGCAUAUCCGGCAUUCAACUUUGUUUCAAUUGAACUGGACCAGACCGGGGGAGCUGUGGUGUUGCACUCUAGCAACGCUCCGCGUCGGAUAGAUCGUUGUAAUCUGGAGGGACCACUUGGAUUUGGCAACAGUACUUUUGAAGUUCCACUAGAAAAGGUCAAGAAUGGGCGACAGCGAUUCGGUGCGAUUGUCGACAAGAGGUCGAACGUUGCAUCUCGUGAUUCUCUCGUAGAAAAUUUGUUCAAUAUGCUUAGAUCCAACGAGAAAUACUUUCCUGAUGAGGAACUUUCGCGUCGGACUCCCGCGCAGGCAGAGCACCUGGCAAGUAUAAACGUGCGCAUUCCGGAAGCUGGAUAUGGCACUCGAACUCGUACAGUGAUUUUGGUGGACCAUGAAAAUCGGAUGGAGUUCAUCGAAGAAACUAUGGCUUCCUCCGACCCGGAUGGGGAAUGGAAACGGACUGAAUUGCAAAGAGAAUUCUGAUUUGAGAGACCACAAUCGAGCAAUGAGAUUAGUUUAUUCGCUGAUGAGAUUACGUAUUGUAGUUUUUAGGACCCGAACAUACGAAGUUACGUUUAGGUUUGUGUGGUGCAUAAAGUAGGAAAAACCAACACAAAUUCUACUAAAUGCUCUAGUAGUAGGCACCAUUCAGACAACACUUUUCUUCUUUUUCUUUUUUGGCUUUGACGGACCUUAAACUUUUCAGUUCAUUCGCCUCUAGAACAACAUUUUAUUCUGGGAACUACUGCCAUACUGUUGCAAACAUCAGGACCUGAUAUAAACUUUUCUAUAUCCGAAUGAAUCCCGAACCAAUACACUGAUCGUCUAGCCUUUUUACCAUU